UCCCAGAACGGACUGAGAAGUGCACGGAGGCAGGCGGCGUUGGUAGAGCUUGCUGGGUGGAUGCAGAGGAAUUCCCGACAGAAGCUGCUUGAGCAGGAGACAGAAAACCGUGCCACGGCAUCGAGGAUCUCGGCGUUGAUACAGCGACAACGAAGCGUGGAGACAGCUGCUGAAACCUGCGCCCGCGCACGCACACGGGGAAACGCACGCGCUCACAGCAGAGUGGGGACAGACAGUAGACCCAGGCUGCGCGGAAAAGAUCCACUCCAGCCCUUCUUCCUCUGAAACACACACUUGCACAGAUGCACGAUGUUACAUUUUCUUGAACGUGGAUGCUGGGCGACGGAGAGGAAAACUUCUGGAGGGGAGAUUCUCUUUUAAGCAGGACUUACUGCGGAGAUUUGUCGACUAAUAAUAACUUUGUUUUUUGUGGAGCUGGAGGUUUAAACCCUCUUUCUGAGCACAACCCAGAAUAACCUCUAUUCUUAGUUUGCAGGAAUUGAGAGCGGUCUCUGUGACCGUUACGAUGCCUCCUCUUGAUUCAGUCUGAGCAGUUAGUGGAUUAUGUCGGCAAUAUUUUGGGAUUUCUUUUUUGCUUGAAAAACAAACAAACAGAGAGAGAGAGAGAAAUAUACCCAUGACUGGUGGAUUUACAUCCUAUGCGUGUUUCCUCUCUUCCCCUGUGGAUUACAGAUGGGCUUUGUGAUCUCCCCAGUCUCAUGGAUGAUCGCUCGCUGCCAUUCAUUAGGAUAAAGUACAAAGAGGGACACAAGUGAGUAUUUAGAUGGAUUUUUAUUUUUAAUUUCAUCUAUGCGGGUGAAAACGAGAUGAAUCUGGAAUCAGAAAACACAUCGCGUUAGCUUUUUUUUGUUGCUUUUCCUCUUCUAUUUUGAUAUCAGCAAAUGCAACUUGUUGAUUAAACUGCUGUGUAGUGUUUGAUUAAUGCUUGUUACGGUGUCAAAGGUAGACACAACCCUGAGAUUAAUUCAUUUGUACAAUCACAGACCUGUAUGCUUGCAGGCCAUUUGUCAAUGGACAUCAUUUACUAAAUGAGUGGCACCUUGUACCUGGCAGGUGGCUUUGGCACAAACUGAGAUUUAUUGAAGUGAUCUGUGUGAAUCCUAUUAGUGCAUCCUGGACUCUGGCCAAGGCAGAAGCAAUGGAGGGGAAUGCCACUGUCUAGCAGCACUAUCUGAUUUGGACAAACAGAGUACCCGCCACACUCCCUUCUUCAACAACACUCCUCCUCCUCCUCCUCUUCUUCUAGCCCAGGCAAGGAUGGUACCUCCACCCCCCACCAACAAGCCCCACGUGUGCCUCUCCACCAUCCUGAUCAUGAGCAGCAUGGCGCUGAUUGACGCAUACCUAGUGGAACAGAACCACGGGCCGCGCAAGAUUGGCAUCUGCAUCAUGGUGAUGGUGGGAGACAUCUGCUUCCUGAUCGUCCUGCGUUACGUGGCGGUGUGGGUGGGCGCCGAGGUACGCACGGCUAAGAGAGGCUAUGCCAUGGUCCUCUGGUUUCUUUACAUCUUUGUGCUGGAAAUCAAGGUCUACUUUGUGUAUCAAAACUACAAGGCGGACCGGAAGAGCCUGGAUGCCCUGGCAAGGAAAGCCUUGACGUUGCUGCUGUCCAUUUGCAUCCCGCUGCUGUUUAUCGUGCUGGUUGCAAUCGACCACAUGGAGUACGUCCGCGCCUUCAAAAAGCGCGAGGAGAUCCGCAAUCGCCUCUUCUGGGUGGUGGUGGACUUGCUGGACAUACUGGACAUCCAGGCCAACCUGUGGGAGCCUCAGAAGAAGGGGCUCCCCUUGUGGGCGGAGGGCCUAAUGUUCUUCUACUGCUACAUCCUGCUGCUGGUGCUGCCCUGUGUGUCCCUAAGCGAGAUCAGCAUGCAGGGCAUCAACAUCGUGCCCCACAAGAUGCUGCUGUACCCAAUGCUUAGCCUGGUGACCAUCAACGUCAUCACUCUCUUCAUCCGAGGGGGGAAUAUGAUUCUGUACCGGGACGCCAGAGUAUCCGGCAUCCUGAUAGGCAAGAACGUCCUGGCCAUCAUCCUAAAGACCUGCAGCUUCGUGCAGUACAGGAGACAGUUGCAGAACUCACCUGCCUUCAGGGUGGAGCUGCAAAAAAACUUGGUGGCUCACGCUCGCCCUGCUCCUACCCCUCCUGUUGUGGUCAUGCAGGACCAGACACCCCUCCCGGAGGUGACAACAUGUGAACACACAUGACAGAAGGGUGGGGCGGAUCCUAGAGAUGUCUACAUGAAUAUAUAUGACCCUCAGGACGCCGGUGGGCCACAACACCUGAGACCCUUUCGGGCAUGCGCACACAAACACGAUCUCCGCUGAUGCUCACAUGCACAUGGGACACUGCAGACGCAUAUCCAAAGCUGUCAUGGUGCAAAAUCACGUGGGACUUUGUUCAACAUUUCCUCCAACAAAUGCAGUUACCUGUGUAUUUUCUAUAAUUGUACAACAAAUACAAAAAAAAUUCCAGCUACUGCGUGAUUAGAGGAUAUAUUUUUUAAUUGUGUGUGUUGCAUUCUAGUCUUAAACUUAAGGGUCUGUGUGCUGUUGUGUGUAUUUCUGUUGCUCGGAUGUUCUUAGUUGUCGAGGACUUUAACACGUCAAAGUUAGGAGGAGCAACCAACAGGAGAAUCAAAGUUGUGAAAAUAUCAGUUGAAGUUUUCUCUUUAAAAAAAUGUUUUUAUAUGUGACUCUUUGAUAAAGUAUUGUG